UCUUAUUAUCAAUUUAGUCUUUUAACUCUUCACUUCACACGCCACUCCCCCCCUUCCCCUUUUAAUUUCAAAUCCUCUCCCCUCUCUCUCUCUCUCUCUCUCUCUCUCUCUCUCACACACACACACAGAGUUGCACUUUCCAUUUUCUCGCAUUUGUUACUGUUACCCAGCUCCUCCUUCACACUUUCUCCACCAUCACACCGAUCAAUUUUCGAACAAAAAACCCUAGACUUGCUUUUUGCUUCACCCCCAACUUCAGAUCUUACUUUUUUCUUCUUUUAUGGUGGAAAAAAUGUGAGAUUCGACUCAUAGAAUAUUCACUGAUGGUUGUCUGAUUUUGUUUGCUCAUACAUCCACAUGGGAGUAUUUGGUUAUUAAAUGAGGAAAUGGAGGUUGAGAAGCGAAGUUCAAAGGGAGGCUUUCUUCAGCUAUUUGAUUGGAAUAUCAAAUCUCGAAAGAAGCUUUUCUCUAACAAGUCUGAACUACCUGAAAACUCUAAGCAAGGAAAAGAAAAUACCAAUGGAUCAGCCAAUUUAAGGUUUCAGCAGGCUCAUGACUAUGGUCCUGGUUCCAACUCCAACCAGAUCUAUGAUUUCUAUAUAGCUUCAUCAGUAACCGAGGAUGGAAGUUAUGGUCAAAAAGCACCCGGGGUUGUUGCACGUCUUAUGGGAUUGGAUUCUUUACCAACUUCAAAAGAGUCUGAUCCCUGCGUUAACUCAUCCUUUGAUUGUCACUCGUUCAGAGAUUCUCCGUAUCAAACUUUUGUGGCUGAUUUCCAGAAUGAACAUCAUAUGAUAGUCGAUGGUAACAUGCGGAAUAAGUUGGAUGGAUUUUGGAGAAACCCUGUUGAACUGAAGUUGCAAAAGGUGCAGAGCCGGCCCAUUGAGAGGUUUCAAAGUGAGGUAUUGCCUCCAAAAUCAGCUAAACCUAUUUCAGUUACUCAACACAGAUUGUUAUCUCCUAUCAAGAGUCCUGGGUUCAUCCCUCCUAAGAAUGCAGCUUACAUAUUAGAGGCAGCUGCCAAAAUAUAUGAGCAGAGUCCUCGACCCGCGACUAGAGAGAAGAUGCAAUCUUCUGGAUCUUCCUCUGUCCCUUUGAGAAUACGGGACUUGAAAGAUAGAAUGGAGGCUGCUCAAAGACAGUCCAGGAUUUAUGAAGCACCGCACAGGCCAAAAGAACAAAAUUCUGUUAAACAUAUCAGAAGACAACCCAGUGAAAGAGGUCAGGUUCAAUCAGAUAAUACACGUCAAUUCAGGGCUUCUGAGGUAUCAAGAAGAGAUGUCUCCCAAAAUAAGGGGAAGGAGAAGUCAGUUUCACUUGCAGUUCAGGCAAAGACCAAUGUUCAGAAAAGAGAGGGAAAGACAUCUUCUGCUAGUAAGAACCCAGCGAACCAGAAAGAAAAGAAUGAUUCUAAGCCGGGUAGAAGUCGGUCGAGUUCACAAAAAGUUGGGGAAAGAAGAACUUCGCUCAUUAGGCCCUCUGAUGUGCUCAGGCAGAAUAACCAGAAGCAGAACUAUGCAUCCAAUAAAGAUGGGGAGAGUUCGAAAACUUCAGCACCCUACCACAAAGAGAAAAAAGUAUCAUCCACCGGUGACAUGUCUAGGCCAACCAAGACUGUAAGUAGAAUUGUUGUAAAUACCACCACUGCUCCCGGAACUGCAAGUCUUGUAGGAACUGAUGCGGGAAAGGAACUCUCAUCAUCUAGGGACUCCAGAAUGAGGUCAUUUACUGGAAAGAAAAGGCCAGUCAAUGGAGAUAUUGACUCUGAUGGAUGUGGUCCUAAAAAUUUGAUGAAGAGUAAAGAUGAGAGGUCUAUAAAAUGUAAUUUAACUAUUGAAGGAUGCCCCAAUUGGGAUACAGCUGACAGGAAAAAUGGGAGUGAUGUUGUGUCAUUUACUUUCACCUCACCCAUCAAAAAAUCACUGCCUGGCUCCACAUCGUCAAGUCAAGUUUUGGAAAAGAGUAAUGUAUUGUCUCUCUUUCCAGGUUCUUAUGAUAAUCAGUUUGACUCAAGAACAUCAACAAUAUCUCCUUUAAGUUCGAAUGUUAUUGGUGGUGAUGAUUUAGGUAUGCUCUUAGAACAAAAGCUUAAAGAACUAACUUCUAAAGUUGGAUCAUCAUGUGAAGAUCCCAUCAAAACAGGGACAGCCUCUAUUUCUGCCAAUUCUUUUGAAGAUAGUGUGUCCAUUAUAGCACAUGGAAAGAGGCCUCAAGUUGAUUUGCUUCACGAAAAAGCAGAUGACACUGGUCAAUCUUUUGCAACUCAGAUGUGGCAGGGUCCCAAAAUGGUAGAAAAGCCUAAAAUGGCCAGCAGCUUUACGUGUGAAAGAGAAUUUACUCUACCCUGUUCUAGUCCGGUCUCAAGUUUGGAGCCUUCUAUCUCAGGAGGCAGUUGCAACUCCUUGGACAGCUACAGAAGUUUAACUACUGAUGGGAGCAAGUACCAUCUGUCUGAUGGAUCUCAGGAAAUGAUGAACUGGAAAACCUGCUCAAGGAUCCCUUUGGCGGAAGGUGAUGCGGAGUUAUUAGACUCAGCCUCUUCGGUUUCUCUUGCUGACACAGGUGGAAAGGAUUCCACUACUGCAUCGACUUCCAGAAAUUUCGAUGAAUCACCUUACUGGGAGUUUAGAUAUAUUAGAGGUAUAAUUAGACGUUCGGACUUGAUGUUGGAAGAUUUUUUGUUGGGUGAGGCUCAGAGCAUUAUUGCUCUCGAUCUUUUUGACCAGUUGGAGAAUCAUAAUACUCGAACGAAUAAAAAUGUAGAAGAGCAGUUGAAGAUUAGGAGGAGAGUAUUGUUUGACUCGGUGGUGGAAUGUCUGGAAUUCAGAUGUAAACAGAGUUCCGGUGGAAGUUUUGAAGCUUGGGCAAAGUGGACGGCAUUGGUCCAAAGAAAGGAGUGGUUGGCAGAAGAAGUGUACAGAGAGAUUGCUGGUUGGACAAGCAUGGAAGAGUUGAUGGUGGAUGAGGUUGUCGACAAGGACAUGAGCACGCGACAUGGCAAGUGGACUGAUUUUAGCUUUGAAGCCUUUGAAGAGGGUGUUGACAUUGAGAAAGUGAUCCUUUCAUCUUUGAUGGAUGAAUUGAUCCAUGACCUAAUGUGAAUGACUCCUCUUCUGGCUUCCAAUCAACAUGAAGUGUUUAUACUUUAGCUUUGCUACUUUUCAGCUUCCUUGUGCAUUGUUUCUUCUUUUCUCCUUCUUUUCCUCAUGAAAGGUGGAAAUCUUAAUUUAAGCAAGAGAUCAGGGGCUCAAGUGAUUGCUCGUAUUUAUGUUCUUUAGAUAGGAUCAAAGUUUCCAUGAAAGAAAGGGUUAAUGUCCUUUGAAUCAUUAGCCUUUCUGCUUAAGUUUUCGCUGAUUUUGAGUGUGAUAUUGAUAGGUGAUGCCGGUAUUAUUUAA